AUUUUGACAAAUAAAAUAAAAAUGUUCCAAAAUUGACAGUAGUUGUUUGACACGUUGUGUUUCUGUUUGUUACAAGAUUAUAUUUGAAGUGAAAAAAAAAUAUUGCAAUACAUUGUUUAUUAGUUCAAUAACUUACUCAAGACAAAUAUACAUUUAUUGAUUUACAGAAGAUUCUUUAUCCAGGUGUUCAAUAGUGAGUUGUUGAAGAUGUGCGCGCUGGUUAAUGCUGGUCAGGAUGGGUCGAUGCUCGACGCUCUCGCCCUCGACGCCUAGCAGCCGCGGCAUGGACAAGUACGAGCAGCUGGCGGUGGUGGGCGAGGGCUCGUACGGCGUGGUGCUGAAAUGUCGGCGCCGCGACACGGGCCAGCUCGUCGCCAUCAAGAAGUUCCUCGAGACCGAGGAAGAUGCCGCCGUCAGGAAGAUGGCGCUCAGGGAGAUUCGUAUGCUAAAAAAACUUCGUCAUGACCACUUGGUGAACAUGAUCGAGGUGUUCCGGCGCAAGCGUCGCUUCUACCUGGUGUUCGAGUACCUGGACCAUACGCUCCUGGACGAGCUGGAGGCGGCGCCCGGCGGGCUCGGCGAGGACACCGCCAAGAAGCACCUCUACCAGCUCCUCAAGGGGAUCGACUACUGCCAUCAGAACUCUAUAAUUCACCGCGACGUGAAACCAGAGAACGUGCUGGUCUCGAACGCGGGCAUCGUGAAGCUGUGUGACCUGGGGUUCGCGCGCGCGCUGGCGGCGCCCGGCGAGCCCUACACGGAGUACGUCGCCACGCGCUGGUACCGCGCUCCGGAACUACUGGUGGCCGAGCACAGGUAUGGUCCCGAGGUGGACAUCUGGGCUAUCGGCUGCCUGUUCGCGGAGAUGCUGACAGGAGACCCGCUGUUCCCCGGAGACUCCGACAUCGACCAGCUGGCCCUCAUCAUUAAGACUGUCGGUAAGCUGGCCCCUCGGCACCAGCAGGUGGUGUCCCGGCUGGCGGGCGGCGCGGCGCUGGCGGGCGCGAGCGGCGCGCGCGCCUCGCUGCCGGGCGCGGGGCUGGCGCGCGACCUGCUCGCCGCCUGUCUGCGCACCGAGCCGCGAGCGCGCCCCGCCGCGCAGGCGCUGCUCAGGCACAAAUACUUCAGCACGGAUAAUUUUGCAGAAAACUUCAACGCUGAACUAAGAAAGAAAUUAGGCAAAGAGAUUGAGACUCCGCCGUCGCAACAGAGCACAGCGCGUGUAGCCGGUAAACCGCGACAGCAAUGGACUCUAAAUAUUAUACCUGAUAACAGCAGAUCAAGAACAGACAGUACAGCGGGCGAGUCCCUCAUCGACUACAAUUAUACUCCCAAUUCCGAGAUGCAAGUGGAGACGAGUCCUGUCGAGAAGAAGACGCAGCCUCCAAUACGAAAUAUCUGUGAAACUACCAGAGACACCCAUCAGAUACACCCUCAUGAGAUAGUUGAGCACACCCCGCACGCGGCGCCGGUGGCGGCCGCGCUGCCCCCCGCGUCCCGCCCCGCGCCGCCGCGCUCGCUCGCCAGAGCCAUCAACGACACCUUCCAAACGUUUCCUGUACCUGUAAACACGUACCCGAGAACCCCUUACAUUAAAAAGGUGAACAACAAGUUGGUUAUGGACGAGGAGUUGCUCCGCGGGCGCGCGGCCGCCAAGAAAAACAGCAAGAAGAACGCGCCCGAGCUGUUGCUGCCGUACGUGCCGGGAGGUAAGCAGACCGCUAAGAAUACGCGAGCGAGUAACAGUCCUGUGAAGAAAGUAAAGAAGCACCCCGCGCACCACUCCGUGGCCAAGUCUUACGAUAAUUGGGAAGUUAUCCGUAGCGGAGUGGACGUGACGGCGGCAUCCCGGACACCGACGAACCUGCCGUACAUGUGACUGUGUCGAAGCUACUGGUGGCCCAGCUACCGGUAACCCCCACCAGUCCCACACCUACCACGAGGAUCACACCAUUAAGGCUGAACAGUGACACACCAUAUACUCCUCAUACAAAUCUUUAGUGUAGUUUUAUUUAUUUUUUUAUUUAUUAUCUGUAUUUCAAAGUUUUCAUAUCGAUACACAAUCGAGCAAACGAUUCAUCGAAUUCUGAACGCUUUGCUCGACUGUGAGCGCAUUGUAAAAUCUCUCGUGUACUUUGAUGGGGCAAAAUGUAGAGUUAGAUAGUUCUUAGUGUUUUUUUUCCCAAUAGAGAUUUGUUUGUAAAGAACGAUACGAUAUAUUAUAAAUUACUUUUUUUAAUUAUAGUUAGUGUUACAUUGUUUUCAAUAAAUUUGAUCAAGAUUAGAUAUUUAAUUAAUAUUUAGUAUGGUUGAAAAGGAUUGUAUUGUCACAAACGACACGCCAAAGGGGAUUUUUAGAGGAUAGAAUUUUGUUAUUUUGACGAGUUUUGCCGCUGAAGAGAGCGGCGACUAACAACGUUAUUUGUAAAUAUGUAUAGUGUUACAUUUAUUACACGCGAUAUUAAUAAACACUUUAUAAAAAAUAAAA